CCCACUUCACACUCUCUCUAUUUCGCUUCCGCUUCAUCUCAGUUAGGGUUUUCGAUUACAUCGAGAUGGCGAAAUCCAGCAGAUCGGCUAACAUUGGGAAAGGGGUUAUUACUCCGACGCAAAUUGCUUUCAUCGUCGAUCGUUACCUCCUCGACAAUCGAUUCUCUAAAACCCGAACACUUUUCAGAUCCGAAGCUUCGUCUCUCCUCUCCAAUUCCCCAGUUUGCGAUGUUCUGAAGAGUUAUUUGACACUUGAGGAUAUUUUGAAAGAUUACGUAUCUCUAAGAGAGCAAAAGGUAACGUUGGAUCAUGAGAAAGUGAUAUUAGAAAAGGAGAAGAAUAGAGUUCAGAAUCUGUUGCAAGGGAUGCAGAAUGUGAUGAACACUUACAACUCCAGCUUGACCUCUCCUCCUCCUCCUCCUCCUCUGGCUUCUCAACAGAAAAGCCACACCAUCUCUUCAGGUUGCACACAGGACAAUACACCCAAUGCUAUGUCAGUAUCUCUGUUGGGUAACAAAAGAGUACGUUGUGGGAACUUUCCCACACCUUCGACCAGUCAUCAGCCUAUAACCGGAAAACGAAAGGGUCAUGAAGCUUCUAUAGGAGCUCCUCCAGUGGCUAAGAAAGCUCGAAUUGCUACGGCACAACCCAACCCAACAGUAAAUGAGACUAAUAGGAUCCCACAAGUUGAUACAGCAGCUAACAAUUUCUCUUCUCAAACUCCAUUGGCGAAAAACUCAUCAGCUAAUAAGUCUAUGACUGGUGCUGUGUCAAGCGUAGCUGAUUCACCGCUUACUACUAAUUCCACAUGCCUUAUGACACCACAAAAACAUGCUUCCUCUGUUACUGGGAUAGAGAUGAUCACUCAAGGUUGGUAUCUUCUGGUCUGUCUCAUUUGCAUGAGAUGA